UCAUUUAGAAAUAUUCAUUAACACAGAUCGUUCAACAGAAUCACUAAUAUGACCUUAUUGUAUUUACUACUGCUGUUAUUCAGCUCUAUUUUUGCAGUUCCAGCUGAAGAAUUUGACUCUCUUGCAUUAGUCAACAGUCUUCAAAAAUAUUGGUUUAUCGCUAGAACGGCCCGUGAAACAAAUGUCAGUGAUUCCUUGCCAAAGCCAGGUGUAUGCGGCAAUAUUCUUUCCGAUCGUAUCCUUGGGGGAAAUAAAACCGCCCUCAACGCAUAUCCGUGGACUGCUUUGCUGGUAGUUGAGCCGCGAACCGGUGGAGCCGAAUCGUUUGGUUGUGGAGGGUCAUUGAUUUCGGAUCGAUUUGUACUGACGGCAGCUCACUGCUUCCGAGAACUCCCAGCUUGGCUGCAUGUUGUUCGAGUCAGGCUGGGCGAGUGGGAUCUGGAAAGCGAGGAAGAUUGCAACGAUGAAAACAUUUGCAAUGAUAAGCCAGUAGACGUUGACAUUGGAAGCCAUUUGGUGCAUGCAGAUUACGACUCGAAGGGUUCACAUUACGACAUUGCACUGAUUAAGCUAGCGAACUCGGUCACUUUCACCGAGUACAUCUCUCCGGUGUGUUUGCCUUUAACCGAAGAACUCCAAACCCAGCCGGAACAGGGUAAAAUAUUCACAGUAAUUGGCUGGGGUACGACAGAACGAGGUCAAGAUGCUCCAGGUGUGUAUGGCAGCCGGUUCAAGCUAGAAGUUGACGUUCCUGGUGUAGGAUUGGAAAAAUGUCGCGUGCCAUAUCCGAAGAUAUUAGACUCAGAGUUGUGUGCUGGAGGAGUGGCUGGCAAAGAUUCAUGCCAAGGUGACUCCGGUGGUUGUCUGGUGGCAGUGGAAGGCGACGGUUAUUGGUAUCAGUACGGAAUUGUUAGUUGGGGCUAUGGAUGUGGGAAUGAAGGGGUUCCUGGGAUUUAUGCUCGCGUCAGUAGUUUCAUCGAUUGGAUCAAGGAGAAUAUGAAAUAAUCAAUUACAGAACAUACAGAUUGAUACGUGAAAUAAGUGUCGAAUUUGUGCAUUUUAACCUUCACGCUCAGCGUGAAAGUAUGCGGCUGUGACCGAGUUAUUCUUGUAGAGAAUUCAUAGAUUGAAUAUCAUCGUGUUAAAUUCAAUGCUUGUAAAGUAGUACUAAGUGUAUUUAAUGCCUAUUAACUCAUUAAAUCUGCAGAAAAUAAACCUAUUUUGACCUUAC